GCCUGUACGUGGCAGUCAGAGAAGCAGCCGAGGCUCCUGCUACUAUUCACCCUCAGACUACCACUUAUAUAUAUACACAUCCACAGACUCGCUUCAACACAUUUAUCCCACCAUGUUUACCCUGUCGGAGCUGGUCGUGCUGCUAGCCGUCCUGUGCGCAACCACCUCCGGAUACUUCGUGAGCAUAGACGCCCAUGCGGAGGAGUGUUUCUACGAGCGGGUCAACUCCGGCACCAAGAUGGGCCUCAUGUUCGAGGUAGCCGAGGGAGGCUUCCUGGACAUCGAUGUCGAGAUAACAGGGCCUGACGGGAAGCAGAUCUAUAAAGGCGACAGAGAGUCCAGCGGGAAAUACUCUGUGGCGGCACACAUGGACGGCACCUACAAGUUCUGCUUCAGCAACAAGAUGUCCACCAUGACGCCCAAGAUCGUCAUGUUCACCAUCGACAUCGGAGAGGCACCCAAAGGCCAAGACAUGGAGACAGAAGCCCACCAAAACAAGCUGGAGGAGAUGAUCAACGAGCUGGCCGUCGCCAUGACAGCUGUGAAGCACGAGCAGGAGUACAUGGAGGUCCGCGAGAGGAUACACAGAGCAAUCAACGACAACACAAACAGCAGAGUGGUGCUGUGGUCGUUCUUCGAGGCUCUGGUUCUGGUGGCCAUGACCCUCGGACAAAUUUACUACCUGAAGAGAUUUUUCGAAGUACGGCGAGUGGUGUAAUGUGAUUUUUUUUUUUUUUUUUUGGGUUAUUUUUGUUUUAGUUUUUUUUUCCCGCCCCCUGAAAUGAUCUCCUGUGAGUCCUCCACUGGGUUUUUUUUUUGUUCUCUCUCUCUCUCUCUCUCUCUCUCUCUCUCUCUCUCUCUCUCUCUCUCUCUCUCUCUCUCUCUCUCUCUCUCUCUCUCUCUCUCUCUCUCUCUCUCUCUCUCUCUCUCUCUCUCUCUCUCUCUCCUCUCCGAAAAACACCAAGACAGUUAUUUACACUCUGGAAAAUGACAUCGGCAGUUUUGAGUUUAAAAAAAAAAAGUCUACAUAUGAUCGGAUCUCUUUAUGUUCCUCCUGUUACCUUUUUUUUUGGUUCCUUCUUUAUAAAUGUAAUAAUUAUAUAUAUAUGGGAACAAACGGCCAAAACAUUUUUUGGGGAUAGAUGUCAUUAGUUGUUUUUUUUUUGUGUUGGUUUUAACUGAUUUUCUUCUUCUUUGUCACUAUUGUUUGAUAAUUACAGUUAAUUACCAGGUUUGUUUUUUGUUGUUUUGUUUUUUUUGCCAGUACAGCUUCAAUUUUGUCUGUAUGAACGACUGUGAGGCUUUUAAUUUGAAAGAGACUACUUUAGAGAUGCACAUGGCUGGAUAAAGACAUGCAAAGAGGAGGAGGAGGAGGAGGAAGAGCAGGAGCCCCCCCCCUACAGGAGAAUGUAGCCCCUUAUUAAAGAUUUAAACCCUUUUCCAAAUUAUUAAAAACCAUGUAAUACAUUAGUUAAAUGUCUGAGAUGCAGCUGCAGCGUGAGGCGGGAAGGAGGGAAGGGUUGUCUGUUGCUUUUUUUCUGGGGUCUCGAUGUACUAGAAGAUAUGUGAUAUCUAUAUAUGUACAUUGUGUGUUUGGUUUUUGUUUGUUUUUUCGCUCUCAGACAACAAAUUGCACUCCUGAUGGAAAGAAAAUGGGCCUAAAAAUAUCUGAAGGAUUUACAUUUACACAGAAAAGCAGCUGAUCUUUUUUUUUUUUAAGGGAAAUUCUUCAGCUUCUGUUUCUAGCUCUUAUGUCUGCUCACAGCGACCCAUGCCAUCUUUGAGAAAGGGGGGGGGGCAUCAGUGGGUGCAGAUAAGCUGAUUUUGACACUUUCUUCUUUUAAAAAUUAAACAAACUUGGCAGCAAAUUAAAAGUUGAGGAGCUGAGGAAGAGGCAGAGGAAGAGGGGUUUUUUGGAUUUUAAACCUGAACUACUUUUUGAGGGGUUGAAACUCCCAAGUAAAAAAAAAAAAAAAGCAAAGCGUGUAGAGAAAUACUGAAAUAAGUGUUACAUGUUUAAUUGAGGGUCUGGUUGCAGGGGGAGGGUCUGACACAUAAAAAUGACUGCUGUGUGCUUUAGUUGCUUCUUAUAUAGUUAUUUUUUUGUUCGGGGUCGGGGGAGUUUAAAUUAUACGAUUGUAUACGAUUUUUGAACUGUAUCUUUUUUUUUCUCUCUCUCUCUCUGGAGCAUAUUCAUUUAAAUGCAGCUGAUUUUAGUUUUUUUUCGGGGGGAUGAUGUCGCCUUUUAAAAAAAAUGAAGAUCUUUUGCAUUUAUGACUGAAUUUGCUCCAGUUUUAUAUCAGAAACAAUCUCUGGUGAAGCUCAGGCAGGAACAACAAUAAACUGCUCUGUCCACACUCUACCUUUUUUUUUUCUUUUUUUUUUGUGAUUAAGACAAAAUCUGGUAAAUGGAUCUGUACAAAUGUAGAAUGGUUGGUUGUCUGUGGAAAUAAAUAAAAAAAAAAAGCCCCCAGGUUUCAUAAUAAAGCCAAUAUUCUGUACGACUGCUUUGAUGUCUUUUUAAAACAGGAAGUUAAAGAAAGAUUGACUGCAAACUAUGGAGGUUGGACAUGGAGAGAAAUGUGAAUAAACCUUUUUUCACAACA